UUCCGCGUCACGGUCAUGCGGACGCUUUUCUGCCUGCGGUGUCGCUUUAAUUUACUGCUCGGUCAAACGGUCCACUGUUCCAGGCUCCUCAAAAUAAGUAAUGGAUGAUUUAAAAGCACUUGCAAGCGAUGUCAUCAAUCAGAUUUCUGCAGAGUUACACAAGAUAAGUCAAUCUAUAUGGAAUCAGCCCGAACUUGCAUUUAACGAGUUUCAUGCGCACUCAGUUCUGACAGAUUUUCUUGAAGUCGCAGGUUUCACAGUGGAAAAGUCAUUCAAGCUUCCAACUGCAUUCAGAGCCACGUAUAAAACCGCAGACCACUCAGAGGGUCCCAACAUUGCCGUACUGUGCGAGUAUGACGCCCUACCAGGCAUUGGGCAUGCAUGCGGCCAUAAUCUGAUAGCAGAGGUGGGGGUGGCUGCGGGGCUUGCAGUGAAAGAAGCAAUGAUUACAUCCUCUGGAGAGCUCAAAGGGACAUUGACAGUUCUAGGAUGCCCUGCUGAAGAAGGCCUGUGUGGCAAGGCAGAUCUGCUGCGGUUGAAUGCGUUUGAGGGAGUCAACGUAGCUAUGAUGGCACAUCCCUCACAGUACAAUCUCUCCAGGCCAAAAUAUGUGUCAAUGACGCCACUGUCCAUUAAGUUCCAUGGUAAGGCGUCCCAUGCAGCCUCCUAUCCCUGGGAUGGCGUCAAUGCCCUUGACGCUGCAGUCAUGUGCUACAACAACAUCUCCUGCGCACGGCAACAGAUGCAGCCUACUUGGAGGGUGCAUGGUGUUAUCAAGAAUGGUGGUGUUGCACCCAACAUCAUACCAGAAGAAACAGAGCUGGAGUACUACCUAAGAACUCCAACAAACACUGAAAUGGGGACCUUGAAAGAGAAGAUGUCACAAUGUGUCCAGGGGGCUGCCAUUGCCACUGGAUGUACAUUCGACUGUGAAUUUGGGGAGAAGUCCUAUUUGAGUCUCAUAAGCAACGAUCCAUUAGCAAGUAUUUACGAGGCCUGUGCAACCUCAGUGGGCAUUCAGAUUGAAACUGAUCCAGAAAGAAUCAGUAAAUAUGGCGGGUCAACAGACAUGGGGAACGUUUCGCACGUUAUUCCAAGCAUUCAUCCGAAGUUUUUCAUAGGCUCUCACGUGAGCCAGCACACGAAGGAGUUUGCAGUGCUCUCAGGUGAUCCGGGUGCUCAGAAGCAUGCACUGAAUGUGGCCAAGGCGUUGGCGUUCACGGCUUUGGAAGUGUACAAUGAUAAGAUGUUGCUAAAAAAAAUCCAGGAUAGUUUCGAGCGUGAUAAGGAAGCUAACGGCAGUGGGGCUUUAUAGUGUCGUUAAUCUGAAGUAUAUUUGUUCAUUAUUUAAUACUUUGUUAUAAAAUUGUUUUGUACAAUCA